GCAGCAUUCCCAGGGGCCCGUGAACGACCAAGUGGCAACAUUAUUAUCAUUUUUCAUAUCUUGUUUUACGCGAUACCAAAAGAGAAGACCGCAAAUAUUUCCCAACAAAUUUCCAAAAUAUUGGCCAAAAUUGCUAAUUGGAAAGAAGAAAAACCCGCCAGGAACAUCUCCAGAAGUAUGACUGGCACAAGAUUUGCUCGCACAGGCCGCUGCCGGUUUUUUGUGUGCUUGGCUGUCCUGACCGUGAUGCUGUGCAUGGUGGCGAUUUUUCACAGCUCGCAGCAGCAACUAGAUGAGACACGCGAGCAACGUUUGCGUUGUGAAAGACAGCAGGAGCAGUUGAAUGAGCAACUUCAGAAUAUGGCGGAACAAAAAUACAAUCAGCAAAAAACGUUGGAACAGGAACGAAAUGAACAGAUGGAAGCUCGCCAUAAUCUUGAGCAAAAACUUAAGGAGCUGACGAUACUGCGUACAAAUGAGCAAAUGGAUGUACGUGUACGUUAUGAUAAGUUGCAGCAGACCCACAAAUUGUUAAAAAGUGAGCAUAACGAAUUAGUUGCUGGGUGUCAAAAAAGCAAAAAGCAGUUACUAGAAAAUACCAACGGUCUGGAAAAGAAAUUACAAUCUGUGCGUUCAGAAGCUGACAAAGAAAAAAACGUACUUAAUGGGGAGAUUACUUUGUGGCGGGAAAAAUAUAACGCCAUUCUAGCCGAAAAAGAACGGAUGGAGAUCUUGCUCGAUGCUGCUGGCGCAAAGACCGAGAUGCAAAGCAAAAUAAUGCAAUUAGAGCACAAGAUUGCAGAAUAUCAACAACAUUGUGAUUACAAACCGGAAAUCACAAGUCAUAACGAUAAGCCACUGAGCCCACCAAAUACUGCCCGCAAUACAAGUACACAACCUCGUGUUGAGAAAUCCUUUAGUGAACAAGUGCGCGUGAGUCCCGGUCUAUAUCACAUCGAUAUUAAGCUAACUAACAAAACGCAAAACAUUGCUUCUUCGCAUGCGAAUCAAAGUAUUUCAGCUACUAACAAUACAGAAUUUACAUCUAAAUCCGACGCUGAUGGUACUGAUCCAAAGGCGAGUAAAAAUCAGAAUGUAGAUUUGAAAGCUGGUAGCGAUAUUGUUGCUGGUGGUGUAGGGGUAGAUGGUGUUGGAGGCUUCAUGCCUUAUCUCUCCCGUAGUAAUCGGAGUUUAAUACUUAAUUCCGUUGAAAAUUUUCAGAUUUUGUCAAAACCAAUCGAGAAACUAGGCGAUGGGGGUGACGGUUAUGUCAUUGCCCAAAUACGACAGCCUCCUGCCAACCAAUCUGCUGCCUCGGUUGGAAGCAAAGCAAUAUCGCCGUUAAGUCCACCCCGUAAAACGGGCACAACUGAGGCAUCAAAAUCCGAACAUCAUGUACUGGAGGCAAAUGCGCCAGUGAAACAGACAAAUAGCUCAUCGACUACCAGUAGCGGCUUGCCACCAUUACCUAUGCCACCAAACCCUCGCAAAUUACCAGAAAACGUGGCGCCCAUACCAGCUAAUUUUGAUUUGCUUUUGAAAGAUGAUCGUGGUGGUCAAAAGGCAGACAAUGCGAAAGAAACAGAUGUAGAUGCAGCAGAGGAGGUGCAAAAAAACGAUAAUGAUGAAGCCAAUAACAAUCGCUAUGCCAACGCCAUAAACGACAUGGAACCGAAAGCAUCUAACAAAGAAGCGGUUUUUGCAGCUGCCAAUGCGGCGAACGAGGACUCUGGUGCUCAUGAAAUUAAAGACAAUGAUUUUAUGAACGACCAAAAUUUCAACUUGCCAGCCAAUGAAGAUAAUAACUUCUUCGAUGGUGGUGGUAAAAAUGAAGCAGCGGGAAACGCUGGCGAGAAGACGAAAGGUGAUGAGAAUGACGAUGAUGAAGGGCUUGCUGGUGCGGUAGAUGCUGGCGAUAUAGCAGUUAAAAACCAAAACUUGUUGGAUACCAAUAAUUUAAACAACGAAGUUGUUGGUGACCAGGGCAAGGAAUUCCCCGAUGAACUACGUUUAGAAGAAAACAAUGAGGAAGAUGAAGAUGAGGAUGAUUAUUCGAAUCCAGCAGCUCGUCAACAGGGUGAACAAGCAAUUAGAAAUUAAAGGAGCUCUACCAGUUCAAUAGCUGUUAAAUGAAUAAUAUUUAAAAUGUGUAAAGCAGCACAUACACUUGCACGUAAGAAGUAUGAAGGGCGAAGUAACAUAAAAAAAAUAUUUCGCUUGUACGCACUUAACCAAACUAACAUUUGAACAUUCAGAUUCACAUACAUACAUUUAUAUGCUAUCAAUAAAAUGCUGUUGGCUGCAUGUUGGAAAAAAUUCCCAUUAAACAAAGCAGAAAAAAUUAUAAUGGAUGAGGAAAAAACAAAACUUACUGGAAAACGCUUCCAUUAGAAAUCCCUCCAAAGUGCGGAACAGUAACUGUAUUCGAAAUAUCACGACGCUUCAAAAAUAAAAGUACUGCAGUAAUAAAAGUUAAAAUUAUUAAUAUAAAUACCAUGCAUAUAGUCGCAUACAUGCAUUCAUCCUUAAACCUAUAUGUAUACUAACAACGGUUUUGAACCUUUGACUAGAUUUGAAUUUAAACUUGAUUGAAUUCCAAAAUGUCAAAAUA